AUGGCGGUCCGUCUACUCCGCGGGUCUUGGCGCCUCUGGGGCGGUUGCUCUGCGUUGUGGUCACCAGCGACCGCGAGAUGUUCUCAUUCUGGAGUCGAACGUCUAGAAACUUGUUCUGCUAAGAAAUUAACAGACAUAGGAAUUAGACGAAUCUUUUCUUCAGAGCACGACAUUUUCCGGGAAAGUGUAAGGAAAUUUUUUCAAGAAGAAGUGGUUCCUUAUCAUGCAGAAUGGGAGAAAGCUGGAGAAGUAAGUAGGGAGCUUUGGGAAAAAGCUGGAAAACAAGGACUGCUCGGUGUCAACAUUGCAGAGCAUCAUGGUGGCAUUGGUGGGGACCUCUAUUCAGCAGCUGUUGUUUGGGAAGAACAAGCAUAUUCAAAUUGCACUGGCCCAGGCUUUAGUCUUCAUUCGGAUAUUGUCAUGCCCUAUAUUGCAAACUAUGGCUCAGAAGAACAGAUUAAGCGCUUCAUCCCCCAGAUGACUGCAGGCAAAUGCAUCGGUGCUAUUGCAAUGACAGAACCUGGUGCUGGAAGUGAUUUGCAAGGAGUAAGAACAAAUGCCAAAAAGGAUGGAAGUGAUUGGAUUCUCAAUGGCAGCAAGGUAUUCAUCACAAAUGGAUGGAUGAGUGAUGUUGUGAUAGUAGUUGCAAUCACAAGUCGUGAAGCUCGCUCCCCUGCCCAUGGCAUUAGCCUUUUUCUGGUGGAAAAUGGAAUGAAAGGAUUUAUUAAAGGGCGAAAACUAAGUAAAAUGGGAUUAAAAGCCCAGGAUACUGCUGAACUGUUCUUUGAAGAUGUGAGGUUACCAGCUAGUGCCCUACUUGGAGAAGAAAACAAAGGCUUCUAUUACCUCAUGAAAGAACUUCCACAGGAAAGGCUAUUGAUUGCUGAGUUGGCAGUUUCAGCCUGUGAAUUCAUGUUUGAAGAAACCAGAAACUACGUUAAACAGAGAAAAGCUUUCGGGAGAACAGUUGCACAUAUACAGACAGUGCAGCAUAAGCUAGCAGAACUAAAAACGCACAUUUGUAUAACCCGGGCUUUUGUGGACAGCUGUCUCCAGUUGCAUGAAGCGAAACGUCUGGACUCUGCCAGUGCUUCCAUGGCGAAAUAUUGGGCAUCUGAGUUACAAAACAGUGUAGCUUAUGACUGUGUACAGCUCCACGGAGGUUGGGGGUACAUGUGGGAGUUCCCCAUAGCAAAAGCUUAUGUGGAUGCCCGAGUUCAGCCAAUCUAUGGUGGUACCAAUGAAAUAAUGAAGGAGCUGAUUGCAAGAGAGAUCGUCCAUGACAAGUAGACAUCUGCCCACAUCCUGGAAUCCUAUUACUGAUAAUCUGUUUUUAAAUCUAUUCACGAUUAAAUACACCCUGGAAAGGGUAGAAACACUUAACAAUCUGUCUGCUCUCAAGAGAGAGAAAUAAAUAAAUGUAAAUACAAAAGAUUAA